CGGUGGCUCUAGAAACGUCUAGUACGUUCACUCCGCGGCUAGAAGGUUUACAACAUAGUUUACCGUCGAGGGGCGUUUGCGUCGAUUUUUAUGCCUUCUUGCAAUCAUAAAUAGUUUGUUUCUUUAAAAAGAGAGAGAGAGGGGGGAAAAAAAAGUCUUGAAUCUACGAGAAAGAAGCGCACUUCACACUGAGACAUGCAUCCAGCAACUGCCAAGUGGUAUGACAGGAGGGACUCAGUUUUUAUAGAAUUCUUUGUUGCAGACAGCAAAGAUGUUAAAGUCAGUUUUGAUAAAACAAAGUGUGGUUUCAGUUGUAUUGGAGGAUCUGCCAGUGUCAAACAUGAGAAUGAAAUAGACCUUUUUGAAGCCAUUGAUGAAAAUGCAUCCAAACAUAAACGCACAGAUCGUUCAGUGUUGUGCUAUUUACGAAAAGCAAACCCUGGAAAGGCAUGGCCAAGGCUAACAAAAGAGAAGGCAAAGCUGAGUUGGCUCAGUGUCGAUUUCAACAACUGGAAAGACUGGGAGGACGAAUCUGAUGACGAGAUGGGCAACUCUGAUCAAUUCGCUGACAUGAUGAACAACAUGGGAGCUGAUGAUGACCUUCCUGAUUUAGAUGGUGUUGAUGAUGAUGACUCUGCAGAUAGCGAUGAUGAAAAAAUGCCUGACUUGGAAUAGAAGAUCGUAAGGCCAGAAAAGAGAUGGGGGGGGGGGGGGGGGGGGGGGGGUGAGCGGUUGAUGGAAGAAUUAGAGGAUGACAGAAAUUGUUAAAAGAAAAAAGUAUAUCUGAAAUUGAAGGCAGUAACAAGCUGUACAUAUGUCAGUAGCCAUAUUUAAGUCCACAGUCAGCUCCACACUCUUGACCCCCGUCAGUCCACUGAAGGUUGACAUGCAUGAUAUUGUACAGAGCAGCUUUCUC